UGUGUCGUCACGGCGAGGGUGGCUUUUGGUGUUUCUUGUUGGUGCAGGGGUCGAAGCUGGAGGUGCCUCUGUGGCUGGCGAAUGGUCUGCAUGACAGCAAGAGGAGGAUCAUUGCUGUGGAGCUGCCCAAGAUGUACAAGGAAGCCUGGAGGACGGUGUUCAGCGCUGACACCAACGUGGUCGAUCUGCAUAAAAUGGGGCCCUACUACUACGGGCUUGGCUCACAGCUCCUGAAUUUUGACAAUCCCAAGAAUCCUGAGAUAGCUCACACUGGCCUGCAGACGUUUGUUAGCCAUUUUCGGCGUAUCGUGGACUCCUCUCAGAACACCUACAAUGAAGACACGUCAGUGCUGGUGGCUCGGCUGGAUGAACUGGAGCGCACCUUAUUUCGAGCUGGCCAGAAAGGGCUGAAUGACUUCCAGUGCUGGGAAAAGGGACAGGCUUCUCAAAUCACAGCUUCCAGUCUGGUCCAGAAUUAUGGGAAAAGAAAGUUCGCAGACACGGAUGGUUAA